AUGAAUCGGUAUGUAAGGAAGAAGCUGGCAGCAAAGAUGGAGAAAGAACUUGCGGUGGGCUGCAGUAGUACUACUUCAAUCGGGCAAGUGCCGAACAACAUCCUGGUCGACAUCCUUUCUCGGCUUCCGAUCAAAUCUGUGAUUCAGUGCAGGUGCGUUUGCAAAUCAUUUCUCUCUGCAAUCUCUCAAGAUCCCGAAUUCCCUCCAUUGCACUUGUCUAGAUCCCCUCCUGAGCUCAUACUAUGUCCCAUCACCGAACAUCUUUUUCUCGUCGAUUACGACAACAACAACAACGAUCGAUAUCACCAGCUCAAUCUCAUCCAGUUCGACGGAUCUUGUCCUCUCGUGCCCGUUAACUCCACCCGCGGCCUUCUUUGCUUCGACCUACCGUUUUCCUCCAAAUCCCUUUUCGUCUUCAAUCCUCUUACUCACGAAUACAUUAUCAUCCCGCCUCCCAUGGAUCUGAUAGAUGUAAAAAAAUCUUAUACAGUGCAUUUCGGAUUCGGGUACAGUCCCAUGACCGAUAAAUACAAGGCCAUAGCGAUGGUACAGUAUAGAGAAUCAGAUAAUAGUACUACUACUAUUGCUGCCGUUUACACAGCCGGAAGCCCUUCUACCAGUUCUUGGGGGAUAAUUGAGGAGUAUCCUCCGGAGGUUGUGUUCGACCGAUCAUUUCCUAUCUAUCUGAACGGAUAUUUGCAUUGGAUAGUGAAAAUGAAUUCUGUUGAUUGCGUGCUUUCUUUCGAUUUUGAUACUGAAGAUUUCGGAUUAAUAGCCAUGCCACCAGGUCCUUUUCGCAAUAUUGUGCAACAGAACCAGCAUGAAACGCUAGUGGCUAACCUCUUUGUCUUUGAAGGCCAGUUGAGCAUAUGCAUGUUGAUUAAUAGGAAAAGAGUUGAGGUUUGGGUGGUAAAGGAAUACGGGAUUAGUACAUCCUGGUCUAAAGAGAUGGUGUUGGAAACUCCAAACUAUUCCUGGUCUUAUGGCGCGUUUCCGCUUAAGUACGUUGAUAAUGAUAAACAGGAAGUGAUACUGGCGUUUAUGGGUGAUAAGAAUUCGAAAGUGGAAAUGGAUUUUAUGGGUGAUCAAACCUUGGUUACCUACAACCUCGUUAAGAAGAAGAUUGUCAAGUUGAAUGAGCUUCCAUUUCAUAAUGGUAUAUUAAAGCCAUUGAUGCAUGUUCCCAUCUUGCUACCCCUCAAGGAUCUAAUAAAAGGAGCUCAGGUCCAUCUCAUAACUGAUGCAAGGAUAUGGACUGACUCAAAGUUCCUAGCUCAAUUCACUGGAGUUGCGGAUAUAUCUCUAGCUAAAAGAUGUUCGUUUUGA